AGCCCAGGUUUGAAAAUUUCAGCUCUGACAGGUUUUCCUAAAUUCCCAAAGAGUCCAGUUUUCCAGGUGGCACUCAAAAGAGGUCACCUAGAAAUUUCAUUGCAUCUUUUGGGGGAAACAUCACUUUGUUUUCUUCAGCUUCCUAUUUAUUAUGGAAGCAUCAGAUUAUUUCAACAUUAGCCUUUAUUUCUAGGGCUUUGAUGUCUUCGUUUAGCUUUACUUUGUAGUCUGCAGGCGUACCUAUGCAGAUAAGGAAGGGUGCAGAAGAGCCGUUGGCUUGGAAACCUCUAGUGGAAAUGGUUCACAUGGUGCAUUUCGGUUUUCUACCUGGUUUGCACGUUUGAGGACUGGGAGGGAACGCUGUCAAACGCUCAGGCUGGUGAUGCCAGGUUAGAGAGUAUUAACGAUUUGCUUGGUGGGGCGUGUGGCUUCUUUCUCACCGAUCAUAUAUCCCUCUCCUCUGCCCAGCCCUGGCUCUCACUCCCUCUCUAGCGACCCUUUGAGAGCCUCAGUGAAGACCCCGUCGUCCCGGUGACAGCUGCGCCUGGAAGACACGUCAUCUCAGAGGACUUGCCAAGCCAGAGGAUGCCCGUGGAGCUGGGGCAGGCCCUGGUCCUGCCGCCGCCCCUGGCGAAGGCCGAGGAUGCCCCGUUCUCUGGACCAGCUGCUGGCCCUCGAGGGGAGCUCUCUAACCCCGAGACCGCUCGUCAGCUCUUCAGGCAGUUCCGUUACCAGGUGAUGUCUGGGCCCCACGAGACGCUGAGACAGCUGCGGAAGCUCUGUUUCCAGUGGUUGCAGCCAGAGGUUCACACGAAGGAGCAGAUCCUAGAGAUCCUCAUGUUGGAGCAGUUCCUGACCAUCCUGCCCGGGGAGAUCCAGAUGUGGGUGCGGAAACAGCACCCCGGCAGUGGGGAGGAGGCGGUGACCCUUGUGGAGAGCUUGAAGGGAGACCCGCAGAGACUGUGGCAGUGGAUCAGCAUCCAGGUUCUAGGACAGGAAAUCUUGUCAGAGAAGAUGGAAUCUGCAAGCUGCCAGGUGGGGGAAGUGGAGUGCCAUCUUGAAAUGGGGCCUCAGGAGCUGGGAGUUCAGGACUCACCCUGCAGGCCUCUGGAGCCUCCAAGCCAGACCGUGAAAGAGGAGUCUGACAUGGAACAAGAAUUAGCGAUGACUGCUGCUCCAUGUCCCGCCCCACCAGAGGAAAGGCUUGUCAGAGACCAGGACUUCGGAGCCUCCUUUCUCCAAGCAGCACCUCCGGAGCAGUGGAGGCACUUGGAUUCCUCGCAGAAGGAGCAGUACUGGGAUCUCAUGCUGGAGACCUACGGAAAGAUGGUGUCCGGAGGCAUUUCCAAUUCCAAGUCUGAUCUGACUAAUUCAACCGAAUAUGGGGAAGAGCUGGCAGGGCUGCACCUCCAUGUUGGCGAGAAGAUCCCAAGACCACCCUGCGUUGGAGACAGGCAGGAGAACGACAAAGAGAACGUGAAUUUGGAAAAUUGUAGAGGCCAGGAAGCCUCCGAUGUCUCCUGUCAAGCAUCAGGAGAGGCACCUUCGCAGGCUUCCUUGGGUGGCCUCUUCAGUGAGGAUGAACCGAGAUGCUUCGGAGAAGGGGACAGUCUCCCCGAGGCUCUGGAACACUUGCAGGGGGAGGGGCCAGCCGGCCAGCUCUCGCCCCACGGAAGGAAUUCUGGGAAACCGCAUCUGGCUAAUCCCCAUCCAGAAGAACUGUCCCUGCCCUGGCUGGAGGAGAGGAGGGAGGCCUCCCCGAGAGGGCAGCCGAGAGCCCCCAUGGCCCAGAAACUCCCCACUUGCAGGGAGUGCGGGAAAACCUUUUAUAGGAAUUCUCAGCUGGUUUUUCACCAAAGGACUCACACCGGAGAGACAUACUUUCAGUGCCCCACCUGCAAGAAAGCCUUUCUGCGGAGUUCAGACUUUGUGAAGCAUGAGAGGAUCCACACGGGAGAGAAGCCUUGUAAAUGCGAUUACUGUGGCAAAGGCUUUAGCGACUUCUCGGGGUUGCGUCACCACGAGAAGAUCCACACGGGAGAGAAACCCUAUAAAUGUCCCAUCUGUGAGAAAAGUUUUAUUCAGAGAUCCAACUUUAAUCGACAUCAGAGAGUUCACACAGGAGAGAAACCUUACAAGUGUUCCCGCUGCGGGAAGAGUUUCAGCUGGAGCUCAAGCCUUGAUAAACAUCAAAGGUCCCAUUUAGGAAAGAAGCCCUUUCAGUAGUCAGGCGCUCUCAGCCCAGUUCUGGCUCUGGUCCUUUUAAAAAUACUUCGUUCCAUCUGGAGAAAUUGCAGCUCUUAAAGACCAGCCCUGUUCUGUGUUUUCUUCGGGGAUGAGAGAGGAGAGUUACCCGAACGCGGCUGUGGACUGGGAGGACACGGUGGCCUCUGGGUUGGAUUUUGCGUUGGUUUAGUUUCUUGCUUCUGCGUCAGGAGAAAGAAUAGUCUUCCUCUUUCAGCUCAUCUCUUUUUGGAUCCCUUGGGGAAGAAAGCAGUCCUUGGAAAUCCCGUUUUACAGGUGCUGUGUCGGGAGAGUUGAACCGGAUUAGCCACAGUUGGUGCUCAUGGGAAGGACCUCAGCCCGGCUCUUUGGGUUGGGGGUCGUGGAGCAGGUCUCCUGUUACAGAAGGGGCAGCGGGAGGGCCAGUGAGCUCCCGUGUGUUGUCAGACAGGUACAAAACUAACUUCAGGUGUCCCUCGUUUUAAAUAAACUUCUUAAAGCCA